AAAUGCAAUGCACAAACCAUUUUUCCUUAACACGCUCGUAAACGGAAAUCAGCUUAGUUAUGCCGUAUCCAAUAACCUUAGCCGCACCAUCAGCAUCAACAAUAUUCCCCUCCGUAAUCGCGCCAGAUUGUGGUCCAGCCUUCUCCCUCGCUCCGCCCAAGGUGGGCUCGGUUCUGAAACUGUCUCACUUGAGCCCGAAGCACACAAAUCUGGUCCUAGCUUAGACCCGUUCGCUCUCGUACACUCGAUCCGAGAAUGUGCCAAUUUGGGUUGGUUUAUGUAUGGUGAGCAGCUUCAUUGUCAUGUUCUGAAAUCUGGCUGGGCUUCCGAUGUAUUUGUUUCUAGUGCCAUGAUUAGUCUCUAUGUGAAGUUUGAGGCUAUCAUUGAUGCUCACAGGGUGUUCGUUGAAAUUCCUGAACCAAGUAUAGUUUCUUGGAAUACUUUGAUUUCUGGCUACGUGCGUUAUGGGGAGCCUAGUAAAGCUCUGAGCUUGUUCUUUGAGCUAGAAAGGUCUGGACUUUGUGCGGAUUCUUAUACCUUUACACCUGCUUUAUCAGCUUGCGGGCAGUUGAGUUUGCUACGUUUUGGCGAGUCUAUACAUUCCAAGAUCGUGAGGCUUGGUAUGGAUUGUAGUGUAGUAGUUGGAAACUCUUUGAUUGACAUGUAUGGAAAAUGUGGACACCCCAACAGAUCAAUCAGGGUGUUCAAUGGUAUGAUCGCUAAGGACACAAUUUCCUGGAAUUCAGUUAUAGCAGCAAAUGCUCAAAAUAAGAGGCUCGAACAAGCCUUCAUUUUUCUACACCAAAUGCCACAUCCGGAUUCAAUUACCUAUAAUGAGCUAAUAAGUGGAAUUGCUCAGUUUGGUGAGAUCGAAGAAGCAAUUGCUCUCUUGUCAAGAAUGCCCAACGCGAACUCAUCUUCAUGGAAUUCUAUCGUAACUUGCUAUGUUAACAGAGGCAGGGGAGACCAAGCUCUAGAGUUUUUUUCUAAAAUGCACUUUAGUGGCAUUAGGAUGGACCAAUUCACAUUUUCAAGCAUUUUAAGUGGUACUGCUAGUGUUGCAGAUAUCACAUGGGGAAGAUUGAUCCAUUGUUGUACAGUGAAGAAUGGGUUGAAUAAAAGUGUAGUUGUUGGAAGUGCUCUUGUUGAUAUGUAUUCUAAAUGUGGGGAUGUGAAUAAGGCCGAGGUUCUGUUUGAGACUCUCCCUAGUAAGAAUUUGGUGACUUGUAAUGCUAUGAUAUCUGGAUAUGCCAAUAAUGGCGACUCAAACAAGGUACUUCGUCUAUUCGAGCGAAUGAAAAAGACCUUAGAUUUACAGCCAGAUGGAAUCACUUUCCUCAAUAUCUUGUCUGCUUGUUGGCACAACAAGGUACCUAUGGAGGUUGCAAAGAAGUACUUUGAGUCAAUGGUGAAGGACUACGGGAUCACGCCCACAGCCGAGCACUGUUCAUCUGUGAUUAGGCUCAUGGGGAGGGAAGGAGAGGUGGAAGGUGGUGAGAAUAUGAUCAAAGAGAUGGGAUUUGAGAAAUGUGCACUAGUUUGGAGAGCUCUAUUGGGAGCUUGUGUGACUUGUGGGGAUAUGAAAGUUGCAGAAGUUGCAGCUGAAAAGGUGAUAGGGUUGGAAGGUGAGAGUGAUUAUGUUUAUGUAUUGAUGUCUAAUGUUUAUGCUUCUUAUAAAAAGUGGAAAGACGUUAAGGGAAUGAGGAUGUUCAUGAAAGAGAGACAGGUAAUGAAAGGGUGUGGUCAUAGUUGGAUUGAGUCAUUUAGGUCUAAAAAUGUUUUUUAAACUCCGCGUAUAUCCACUGUCUAUUAUUGGCAACUUCACAAGUUUUUCCCCAUCUUGCAACAGUAGCCCAUGAUGGGAAAGAGAUGUUUACAUUCAGAAGAAUUUACAAUCUAAAAUCAGAUCCACCGGCAUCUUUUAAGUCCAAUGUGCAAUGGAAUUUGAUACCAAGUGCAUAAACUGCAUAUUAUCCUAGACCCAAAACACUAAAUCCUUUCACAUAAUAGCAAUACAUGGGGGAGUGGCUAAACAAUGGAUGGUGUGCUCUCCUUCCUAGAGAGGCCUAGGAGAUGGGGAUCAGGGGAGCUCUUAUUCAGGCUAAGGACAAAGUUUGGGAAAAAAUUGAUAUUAAAUAUGACUCUUUGUCAGCCAUUGUUGGGAUCGGGCAGGAUGCGGGAUCAUCUGAUUUUGGCGAGAACGUGUGGGUUAGUAUUCCCAAUACUCCGUCGAAUGUCUCGUUGUCACGGCGGCCUUCGUUGUGAAACCCAAUCUUGAUGUGAGCUGAGGGGUAGUGAUGUUCCUCCUCGAAUUCAGUCGAGGGGUACAUAUGAUGGAAUGCCCUUCCCUCAAAACAUUUCCAGCCAAAUAUUAUACGUCGUAACUUGUAAAAGUACUGUAAUUGGACUUUGUCGAGAAAGCUGGAUAGAAGAUGCUAAAGAUAUUUGAGGAAAAUGGAGGAAAAUGGUUGCAUGUCAGAUAUUAUGGUAUACAGCGUACUCAUUUGUGGGUUAGUGAAAAAGAACGGCAUUGUAAUGAUGUAUUACUUUUGGGGGAAAUGAAAAAACUUGGACCCUCACCUGACAGUAGAACAUGUCAGAUUAUACUCGAGACAAUCUUGCGAAAUGGACCAGAUUCUCCUCUGAUGCAUAUGCUUAUGAAUAUACAAGAAAAUGACAAAAAGUCGUGAUUUUAAACCUUCUCCUAGAAAGUGGGAGUUGGUACCCAGACGUACUCAAUCGCCCCAUAUUUCCCUUAGAAACAUGUUUCCAUCGUGUGGCAGAGGGGGGUCACUUCCAGUGCACAGCACCCUUUUCUGGGUAAGCCUUCUAUCUCGUACCAUCUAUUUUUUGUAUGUGUUUAUUCACCCAUUUUUGCUAACAAACAAAGUACUGUUCAAACAAAAGUAUUUGAUUAAUUUAGGUGUUGUAUGCGUGGAGUUAUUCAAAUUAGAGGAAGCAGGGAGAAUGACAUUUGAUUGGCUAGAGAGAGUGAAAUGGCCUAUUUUCAUCAAUUAGGUGGUAGCUAAAAUUUUAAAUUAUCAGAUGGUUUCUACUCUAUUUUAACAUAUCUUUUAGCAUUUUGAAAAAUCCAUCCGGGUAUAUGCUAAAGUAACUAAAGCUUGUUAUUUCAACAUUUUCCAUCAAGACAUUUAAGAAUAUGUAUCAAGAUAUAUGUACUCCAUUUCUAGAUAUGAAAAAUUACCGAAACAAACUAUCAAUAUAUGCCUCUCUUAUUGUCUUGUUUGAUUUCUUUGCUUCAGUAGAGUUGCCCCCAUUUGUAUACUGGAAAGAUCAAAGGCAUUAUUCCCAUGUUAAAAACAUAAACUAUAUGUUUGGCUUUAAGGCAUCUUAACAGCAAUUUCUUACUUGGAAUGUACAAAUAUGAAUUACUUCUAGAGUUCUAGGUUGAGGUGGACAAUAAGUGAAAGAGUUAUUUCCACUUUUAGUCCUCCGACUAUUAUGUCAUUGAUACUUUUGGUACUCGACUUUGAUUUUUUCCAUUUUUAGUCCACGACUAUUGCGCUAGAGACACUUUUGGUACCCGUCUUUGAAAGUUUCCAUAUCUAGUCCUUCAACUUUCAUAAAUUUACACUUUUGGUCCUUAAAAUAUUAUAAUAGUAACAUUUUUAGUCCUCCAUUUAUUGUGUCUAAAUCAUAAUGGGAGGACUACAAGUGUCAAUUUGACAAUAGUCAGGAGACUAAAUGUGGAAAAUCUUGAAGUCGGGGACUAAAAGUGUCUCUAGCACAAUAGUCAAAGACUAAAAAUGGAAAAAUUAGAAAUCAAGUACCAAAAGGGUCAGUGACAUAAUAGUUGGGGGACUAAAUUUUUAUGUGAACUUUUUUGUGACAAUAGUCAGUGACAAAAGUUCACAAUAGUCCACGACCAUAGUCAGUGACAAAAGUUCACAAUAGUCGUGGACAUCCAAUAUACCAUGCUAUAUUGGACAUCCUUUUCACCUAUUCAGUUUGAGACUAUUAAUUUUUCUUUGCUAUCAUAUUCUCAUGUCUUUUGUGUGCAAGUCCUAUUACCAAAAACUAUUAAUUUUUCUGAACAAAAAAGAGAGUUCUACUGCAGAAAGAAUGAUCAGGAAAGUUUUUGACAUAAAGAGCAUUGCAAUAAUGAUAAGGGUAGUGUUAACGUGUUACGGGCGGGGUUGGGAGAUAAAAAAGAAGAAGAAUGAUAGUUGGAAAAACAACUCAGCUUCCCGCCCUAGGCAAGGAAGUGUCCGUCGGUUCCACCGAGCGCACAAGAAGAAUUAUUCUCCAUAAGAUUGAUGAUUUUAUUCAUUAAUAUGGCAGCUCUAUUUAUACUAGUACCAAGAGUCUUGGUGGUCUAGUAUUAGAGUAAUCCUAAUUCUAUUACAAUACUUUUAUUAGGAAAUUAACAAAAAUAGAAUAUCUCUACUAAUAGGAAACUGCAACUAAUAAUAACCUUAGGAAACUAGCACCUAAUACUUUAGGAAACUAAUAAUAACCUUAGGAAACUAACACCCAAUACUUUAGGAAACUUACUCUAGGAAACUAAUAAUAAUGAAUAAUAAUAAUAAUGAUAGUAAUAUUGAGCGUCUUCUUUCCAUAUCAUUACUCCCCUCUUGAACAUCAAGCUUGUCCUCAAGCUUGAAGCUAAUAUAUCAUGACAACCAGUCUUCCACGAUCAAACGGCAUUAUAUGAUCAAUCAUCACCAUGUUGGUUGUAGCCGCAUGACUAUGAGUAAUGGCCGAAUGUCCCAAUAUCUGGCCAGAUUUCUCAAAAUUUUCUCUUGCUAGGAAGGUCCAUAUUAUUUCGUGUAUCUUGGUUGUGGGCAGCAAAUAUGCAGGAGAGAAGGAUGAAGGUGCCAACACUGGUGGUGUCAGCUCCACCAACAAGAGUGUUGUUGACAGUGUAAGAUUGGCUUGUUGCGAAAAAACUUGUUCUGUUGGCAGUGACAAAAUUGGCGGUGGUGUGAAUAGCAAGGAUUGCUUAUCCAACAAUGGUUGUGGGAACAGUGGAGAUGCUGACGACCACACAGGAAAAAAUUGACAUUUUGGUGGAGGGGCUUCCAGCAAUGUCGCCACCGGGGCUGUUGUUGGCGGAGAUAGAGAAUCAUAUUGUGAGUGUUGCUUUCGCUCAAUAGCUUUUGCCAAACUGAUUGCCACAUCCACGCUGCCGGGGUAUUGACAUUCCAAUGCAAGACGAAUGCCUUCUUGAAGUCCUGCUGCAAAGACGUUCACUUGAGUCUGUGAAGGUAAGCCCUCUGUGCGUGCCAAUAAACACUGAAACUGGCUAAUAUACUCAUCUAGAGUACCUAUUUGCUGAAGUUGGGAUAAUUUAUCUCCCGGUGAUGGAACCUCGUAACAUAUCCUCAUAGAACAACAACUAUGAAAAUCGAUAUUGGAAUAGUGGGGCACAAUGUUAUUCGCGCUAUGAACUCGAUGGUGGUGUUCCUGAAACUCCAUAUUCUCACCCUGGCAUCUGGAGGGUCUGUUGCUGUUGGAGUCAGUGUGUGGACCUGCAGAUUUACUAGUCAGGGCAGCAAGCUGUGUGGAAAAAGAUGUCACGAGUUCUGUAAUUUUUGCCUCAAGCGAUCCUUGUCGCUGGUAAAUAUCUGCCAUGAAGGUUUUUAGUGUCUCUGCGGUGACGUGAUCGUUCCCCAUCGGCCUGGAUACUGAUACCAAAUUGUUACGGGCGGGGUUGGGAGAUAAAAAAGAAGAAGAAUGAUAGUUGGAAAAACAACUCAGCUUCCCGCCCUAGGCAAGGAAGUGUCCGUCGGUUCCACCGAGCGCACAAGAAGAAUUAUUCUCCAUAAGAUUGAUGAUUUUAUUCAUUAAUAUGGCAGCUCUAUUUAUACUAGUACCAAGAGUCUUGGUGGUCUAGUAUUAGAGUAAUCCUAAUUCUAUUACAAUACUUUUAUUAGGAAAUUAACUAAAAUAGAAUAUCUCUACUAAUAGGAAACUGCAACUAAUAAUAACCUUAGGAAACUAGCACCUAAUACUUUAGGAAACUAAUAAUAACCUUAGGAAACUAACACCCAAUACUUUAGGAAACUUACUCUAGGAAACUAAUAAUAAUGAAUAAUAAUAAUAAUGAUAGUAAUAUUGAGCGUCUUCUUUCCAUAUCAUAAUGUUCCCUAUACCUUGACGUGUAGCAAUUAAUCAAGAUUUCAGUAUCGUUGCAAAUGAGCUGCCCCUUUUUCUGAUUCAGAAUCUUUCUUUACAUGUAGAUUGUCGAGUACUAUAUUUAUUGACUCCACAUGUUACCAAUAUUUCACCAGUAUCAAACAAGUUGCAUGAGUGUGCUGGCUUCAAUAGGUUCUUAUAUGUGGACUGAUUCCCUGUUAUUGAACUCCAAUUAGUUCUUGCUAACCAAUGCCUAAUUGUAAAUUUGUAAUGCAAUCAUUUUUCCAACGUUACAUGCUAGGCUGGACUGCUGGGGUGUCAAAUAGUCAAUGGACUCUGAAGAUUUCUCAGGUGGUUUGAGGUGGUUUGAGAUCUGAUCAUCCGGAUGAGAGUUUAAUUUACAGUUUCUAAUGAGCAGGUUCAAUAUCCAAGGGUUCUUAUAGUUUCAGAAUUUGGGACUGACAAGGACCAAGCUAUACUUUAUGAUGGUGCAAGGACUACCUCUGGGAAGUUACUCACUGUUUUCUUUCACUUGGUACAAGUGUACAACAUUUUUAAGUAGGGUUGUAUGUCAUUUUAUUAGAUUUCGAAUACUCAUAUUGUGAACAUAUACUCCGCCGAUGUACUUAUAUAAGAUUUCAUGAAAAAAUAAGAAUUUUAUUUGUGGCAUUGCUAUCUGACA